AUGCUUUCGCAAAAAUCGGAAAGUGUCAGGGUUCUUAUACGUUGUCGCCCAUUUAAUCAAAAAGAGAUACUUAGUCGUGCGAUAAAAUGUAUUGAAAUUCAAGAUUUUCCUACGAAAAAGACGCCGUGUGUGGUUAAAUUAAUCAGUCCGAGAAGAUAUCGAAGACGAAUAUCUCGAUUAUUCCGUUUCGAUUCCAUCUACGAUGAAAAUCAACGCACAGAACAUAUCUUUCAAGAUUUUGUUCAGUCGUUAGUAUGUGAUGCGACAUUACAUGGAUAUUCUGGAACAGUUUUUGCCUAUGGACAGACAGGAUCUGGUAGUACAUUGUUCGCCGAUGAGUAUCCUACUUAUUUGCUGAUGUUCAUAGGAAAAUCGUGGACGAUGACAGGCUGUCCAUGCCAUUCGGAAGUUGGAUUGAUAUCGAAUGCAAUCGAACACGUUUUCAAUCUCGUUCAUGAGCAUCAAUCAACUUUGGAACAAGAAUUUACGAUAAAAUGUGCUUACUUAGAAAUUUAUAACGAAGAACUCCAUGAUUUACUUCGACCGCGCGCUUCAUCGAAAUCCCACUCGCGUCUGGAACUACGAGAAAAUCCCCGGUCAUCUGGCGUUCAGAUAACAAAUUUAACAUGGAAGACUGUUUAUUCCAUUGAUGAAUGCUUGAAGUUCAAACGGCUAGGUGAUCUAGCUCGAACCAUGGGCUCAACACAAAUGAAUCGAGAUUCGUCACGAUCGCACACGAUGUUCUCACUUUCCAUUCAACAUCAGAACAACAAUCAAACAAAAACGUUUCGGCAAGGCAAACUAAACUUCGUUGAUCUCGCUGGAAGCGAACGACAAGUCAGAACUGGUGCGAGCGGACAGCAAUUACUCGAAUCAGCUAAAAUCAAUCUCUCGUUAUCAGCACUAAAUAAAGUUAUUUCCUCAUUAGUACAUACGCAUACAACGCAUAUACCAUAUCGAGAUUCCAAAUUAACACGUCUUUUGCAAGACAGCAUUGGCGGAACAACCAAAACAAUCAUGAUUGCUUGCAUAUCGCCGUCGGAAGAUAAUUACGAAGAAAUAUUAUGCACGUUACGUUACGCAUCCCGAACGAAGAACAUUUGUAAUACUCCGAUCAUCAAUGAAAAUUCCUCUUACAUACUUCUCCAACAAUAUGCCGAAGAAAUUCAAAGACUAAGAGCGAUUAUUAAUUCUUCUAAUCUUCACAUGAAUUCAACAUCUCGUUCGAUGGUUUUGACUUCGGACAUCAAAUUCGAUGAUCAACAUUCGAUCAAAACCAUAUGUGAUCAUCAACUCUCAUCGGAAACGUCGCCUUUGAUCAAAUGUCAACGUACAGUUAGUUGUCAGACGAUGUCAAUUAUUACUAAUGAGCAAACCUUGUCUGAGCAAGAGAAUUAUAAACAACUAUUCGUCAUUUCUGACGAAAAUCAGCAGAGUUAUCAGAUAUUAGCUUGGCAUUACUGUCCGUUCACUUCACAAUGUGAAGGACAUCUGAUUCUUCUCGUGAAAGAAAAUCGAAAUGCUUGGAUAGGUACUCUGACAACAAGCGCAGUGAAAGGAGACCGAACACUAUUGUGGAACAACUAUCUCAUCCAACGCCAACAUCAAUUGUAUCUGUCAGCGGAAAGCAAUGAUUUGAUCACUCAUUUUGAGAUACGAGACACUUCAUCUGUAGAUGCAGUGCAAUCGCUAGUUUUCUAUACCUCGUCAAGUUAUGUUGCUUCGAAUAACAUUCGAGUUGAUCAGAACCCAUUGAUUAAUGAUCAUUUUAUCACAUUGAAAGAAACAGAUGGUGUGAUCUACUACCUUUGUGAUAUUCUACAGACAUCGUCAUCGAACGAAUUUAUCGUUUUUAAUCUGAAUCAACAGAAUUUGUAUCAAGUGCAUCAUAUCCGAUUCAAUUCCGAAGUUUCCUUUGAGAACAAUGAUGAUAUCGAGGUCAAGCAUUGUUGUUGUUGUUACAAUGGAAAUAACGAGUCAAAAAUAAGCAAAUUGAUAUCAUCGUCGCAUUUCUUAUCGUUGAUUAAUAUGUCGUGCGAAAUCGAAGAAGAAAAUAGAAUUACCAGAACAAACUUACAUUUCGUUGAUUUAAGUAAUCAUUUCAUACACUGA